UCGGCGCUGCUCUCUGUCGGGAUGUCGGGACUGCCCUUCGCAGCGCUCCUUCUGUGUCUCUGCAUAACAGCGGGUGAGUUCCAGAACUUUACUAUUACCGUUGAGCACAGCCAGAUAAAUGUCACCGUUGGGGGUGAAGCGCUUUUUUCAGUGCGGCCGUCGUCUAACGUCAGCAGUGGAAGCUGGACUUUCAAUUGGAAAAUCGUCGCCCAGUGGAUCCAUCAGUACGUGACUGUACAGAAGGCGUACGCACCGCGGGCUCAGUUAUUUCCGCACAACAGGUCGCUUCUGCUGAAGUCGGUGAACGUCCUGGACAGCGGGGACUACCGUGUGAACAUGGUUCCAACUCGUGGCGCCCAAACCUCAGCGACCAUCACUCUGCGUGUCAUUGUGAGACGACCAGGACUGAGCACAGUACUCCAAGUGUGGUCUGACCGGUGUCCUAUACAGCUGCACGAAGAGCGCGAAUCCAGUCCCCAACUACCACAAAUCUUGCAGUCGAGUUUCCCUCAUUUUGGGACAUCGCUGGCCUCACCACAGCUGAAGUUCAAUGGGAUGGCCUCGUCCUGGGAGAACAAUGAUCAUGUCUCUUCCCUGCUAGAGCCAGUAACUGGGGUUACUGUGGUGACCAGUGAUUCCGCUCCCCUGGAACACCUUGAUACCAUUGCACUGAGUUGUGUCGCGUCGGGCACUGUUCAGACACGGACAUGGUUCAAGGAUAACCAAACCAUCCGGGAAAACAGCAGAAUAUUUACAUCUCCCGACAAGGCGAAACUGAUUAUAAUCAGUGUUUACAGAAACGACGCAGGGACGUACAAGUGCAUCGCCAGCAACUCUUUCAGCAGUGGCUCUGGAGAGACCUACGUGCAAGUUUACUCAAAAACUGCAGCAAUUGUGCGCAUUGUGAUUGGCUUCCUUGUCGUGGGCCUCAUCGCCGGAGUCAGUGGAUGGCUGAUCGCGAGGAAAACUGGCGGGAUCAAAGAUCCACCAGAAUUAAAACACGACACGAGCAUCAAAUCCGGAAGAACGAGCACCUUGGAUACCCACACUGCAAACGCAUCGCAAGACUAUCAAAAUUUCCUAAGGAACGAGCAGGGCACAAGGGACAAUGCAGAUGAUGGAAAUUCCACUUACAUGGGACUUGUGCUGGAGGACCGAUCUGUUUACAGUGAUCUGAAGAGAUGACGUCACUGGGGAACGGAAGAGGAUGGUUGGCAGGUGAAUUGACACAGAGGAAGGACAACCAUCGAGGAAAAAGCCAUCGUUCACAAUGUCUUUCGUUAUUUCUUUAUAAUUGUUCUCCAUGUCUCCGCUAGAUAGCUUCUGCGGUUAACAUCCUCACGACGAAGACAUCGCUGACGGUUGUGACUCGUUUGUACCAUAGCAGCUUAGUUCGCUCAGCUCAACCCAGACUUUACAUCCCAUAAUUGUCACCUCCACACUGCCACCAACAUAUACCCUCUCAACGUUGCUGUGUGAUACAAUCUCUAUACCGUCCUGACCCACAUCAUGGGCCGAUAGGUUUCUGACCACUUGGUACGCUCAGAAACAUGAAAUAUCGUAGCGUGUCGCUCUCAACCCUCAGCGUCGCUCCGUUAUUCACUUGGCGUGAGGCCGGUUCAGCGGCACAAGCGGCCAAGUGGGAAUAAUUCCAUUAAUUUCACCCUCAGCGUCACGGAGCUGGCUGUGAGCAAGGGAUACGUAUUCGCGCACUGAAUACUGUGUCAGUCUCCUCGUAUUCAGCUUCCGUUAGUGUCUCAGAGCCACAAACCCAUUUGGACAGAGCGGUGGGGAUACGAGAAUGGAAGGCAGAAGUGCUUUUCCAGGGAUUAGAAAAUACCUAAUGAGCUUUAGUGUUUCUAAGCAAAGCAGCAAAUAACAUAGUCUCUGUGCUCUUAGCUUCGAUUAAAGCUAUUCUACUCUGGUGCUGUUAGCAUUGCGAGUUCGGAGAUGAAGUCCGGCGUCACGUGUAAUAAAUCUGUAGAUCUCCCUAUCCAGAGUCCGGGAAGGUUAAUUGGUCAUUGUAAAGGGUCCCGUGGUUAAGUUAGUGUCAGAACAUGGAACACAGAACAUAGACAUCUACAGCAAAUUACAGGCUCUUCGGCCUACAAUGUUGUGCCGACCUUGUCACCUACUCUGGAAACUGCCUUGAAUUACCUUGCCACAUCGCCCUGUAUGUUUCUAAGCUCCAUGCGCAGAUCACAGAGACACUUAAAAG